CACGCAUAAAUAAACAGAGGCUGCCUGCAGAGCAGCAUUCACAAGUCAAACUCUGUCUCAUGUCAACGUUUCAUUUCGUCUCCCAGAAGGUCUCCAAAUAUCAGACUUUAUGUAUCAGACCAUCGAGAUAUACAGCUUGGGCUCCUUCCUUGUGGACACACACCUUUGAGGAGCUCUUCUGUGGGGAUAAUGCGCUGGACUAUGGAGAGCCAUGGUCGCUCACCUUCAGCUACAAACAGACAGACAAAUUAUCCAAGAAGGAAAAUAGGAGAGGCUGGAAGGUCUUCUCCCACUGCGCUUAUGGAAAUUUUCAGUGUGCAUCCUGCAGGAGGAUCUGGCCUUCGGUGCGUGUGGUGCUUUUGUUCCGUUAUCGGCUGAGAGGCGGUAAGGGGGCGGUGACCAUGCGGCCUUUUGGACAAGCCUGCCGGCGAUGCCAAGACGAUAAUUUUCAUCUCCCUGGUUUUUACAAGGAAGAGGCGAAAGAGGCUCUGCUCAGAUUGUUUUCUGAAAUCCGGAAGAACUGCUAUGGAGAGGAGGAUGAGAAUAAAGAAGGUGACUCAGGCGCUACAAGACGGAGGUCCAAACCCCACGAAAAAACCCUGUGUGAGGCCUGUUGUUUUGGCUUGUGCUGUCAGGAUGAUCAAAAUGAUAAGUUGUGUGUGUGUGUGUGUGUGUGUGUGUGUGUGUGUGUGUGUGUGUGUGUGUGUGUGUGUGUGCGCGCGCGCGCAACAGCGAGGUGUAAAGAGAGUGGCAGUCUGGUUGUUUGCUGUUUUCUUGAGAUCUUUCUUUUCUAGUUUACACACAAAAGUUUCCUUAAUGAGCUGGUUUAUUCAUAAUUAUCUAAGUUAUUGAUAAUAAUAAAGAAUAUGAAAACCUUCAUUAGCAAUAAUAAGAUUUCAUCACUGUUGUGUGUUUAUUUUGGACUUUGUGCAACCUGAAGGUGUGUCCUGAUUAUUUUCUUGGUUUGUUUGGUGUGAUGUCUUGAGGUAUAAUCCAAAAAUUGUAGUUACUGUACUUUUACUUGAAUUGGUUUAUCAGGAGGGAGGAGGCUGGGGGCAAACCCAGGACACGCUGGAGAGAUUAUAUCUCUCGGCUGGCCUGGGAACGCCUUGGUGUUCCCCCGGAUAAGCUGGAGGAGGUGGGUUUCUUGCUUUGGCUGCUGCUGCCACCCAGCCCCGGAUAAGCGAAAGAAGUAUGGAUGUAUGGAUGGGUGGUUUAUCGGUAUUGCGUCAUCAUUCCACUCAUCUGAUGCUUUUUUUCUCACCACAUGUAUUUGUUAUGUUUAGCAGACAAAGGUUUCACAUGAAAAACGUGAAACAUGUGAUGCUGAUAUAUUAAAACAGGAGUUUUAACGAUGCCGUGAUACCGUUUCACUGCUCAUGGGUCAGAAUGACUCAGACACUUACAAGCAGAUUUCUGAUUGGCCCCAAAUUCUCACAACAUAACAAACUAAUUACAGAGGUGUGCAAACUAUAUGUCUGCAUUGUAUACUCAAAAACACAGAGUGGGUACAUCAAACAGUACUUUGAUCUAGCUUUUUUUUUUGUUAGUUGCACUUUGUGUUACAAUCUAUGCAUAUAAUUCUAUAUUGUAUCACACUGAAGUUAUGAUGUUUAUGGAGAGGUUUUAUUAAACAAGCAAAUAAAUAAGUUUCGCCUUGUUCAUUUCCCAAAUUGCAACUGUGGUUAUCACAUCCCACCAAAAUCUUUGGGGGAAUCUUUGAUAUUCAUUUUGUAACUAAAUAGAUAAAUGUGCACAAGCUGUAAAGGCUGAAGGUUUGACUGUGUGAUCAUGUAUCUCAAUAUCAAAACUGAAGUUGAGAUUUCAUUUUAUGCUCUUAUAUUAAACUCUUUAUACACUUGUGCAUUUCCUGUUCCUUUUUGAGGUGUUAGAUGCACUUCUCACAUGUGAUGACUUGUAAAGUUGAGCCAAUCAAAAUGUGGUGCAUUGUCUCAGGUUGCAGGGUAAGGGGACAAAGAUAUACAAAUGCUUUCCUGGCCUAUGAUCAUUUAUGUUCAUAUAUAUAUCACACUGGUAAUUUGUCAAACUCACACAAGGAAUUAACCCCAAAGUGUUUGUGGCAAAUAACAUAACAGUUCAGUUGUUUUUACUAGUACAGCGCACUGGUGGGUGAUUUUGUGGGGUGGUCUGGAAGUAAUCAUCUGCUUCUGAAAGAGGAUGGCUAUAUUCCCCGUUUCUGUCCUGGAC